GUAAUCGGGUCGCAGCGGCGGGCCGUGGGAUCCCGGAAUUCCUGCACGCAGUCGGAAAGAAGACGCGGCGUACGUUCAACCGCGUUUGAAUCCGAGCGCCCUUCGCGCCAUUCCCCGCGGCAGAUGCACGAAGGUCAAAAGUAUUUUAAAAAUAAGGCCGUAGGCAUUGGCAGAUUGGUAUGGCAGUGGACGUUAAGGGUCGGGUGGCGUUGUAAUGGCAAAAAGUUUGCGAGAGAAGCGCGGAGGACGUUGUGUGGGUCUAGAGAGCCGCGGUUUAAUCUGCGGGGAGAUAUUGUCAGGACGAUAGGAGAGUGCGCGUGGAGAAAGUGGUCGGGAUUGGAGAUAGACAAGAUGGACCAGCAGUAUUGUCUACGGUGGAACAAUCAUCCAGCCAACCUCACAGACGUUCUCAGCUCGCUGCUUGCCAGAGAAGCACUCUGUGACGUUACCCUGGCCUGUGUUGGAGAGACCUUCAAGGCGCACCAGACCAUACUCUCUGCAUGCAGUCCGUAUUUCGAGAGCAUUUUCCUGCAAAACACCCAUCCCCAUCCAAUCAUAUUCCUCAAGGAUGUCAAUGACACGGAAAUGAAGGCGUUGCUGCACUUUAUGUAUAAGGGCGAAGUCAAUGUUAGUCAGCAUCUCCUACCGAUGUUCCUUAAAACAGCAGAGGCAUUGCAGAUCAGAGGCCUCACCGAUAAUAGUGUAAAUAACAAGGCAGAGGACAAGUGUCCAUCACCUGAUCCAGAAACGCAAACUGGAGUAAGACAUAGCGAUUCGCCUAACCUCCAGUCUCAUCAUGAGAAGAGGAAAAGAAAGAAUUCAGGCAGCUACGACGUUUCCCUUUCUGGCCCACCUAGCGAAAGAUUCUUGUCUGAUUCUCAGACAUCUUCGCAGUGUAGUUACAAAUCAAGUCCUCCUGUGAUUCCAAAGUUAAAUAAUGCCCUGGGAGUUGAGAUGGAAGAUGGUGGUCGACCCAUGUCCCCUGCUUCACAACCGCAGGCUCCUAUUAAACAAGAGGUGGAUCACCACUUGCCUGACUUCCAUGACAAUAUUUCCCUCCCCGGUCAUCCAGUUGGACUGAUAGGAGAAGAUGGAGGGACCACGGCAGGAGCACUCAGUGAUGGUGUUCAAGGGAUUGAGUCAUCUGAGCACCAUAAUCCUCCGGAAAUGCUCGACGGACUUGAUGAGUUGAAAAAUUGGCGGAUAUCACAGAUAUUUGAGAGACAGAGUAACAGCGACGAGAGGAGGCGGUGCUCGUUGUGCGGUAAGGUCGUGACGAACGUGCGCAAUCACUAUUACGUGCAUUUCCCCGGGAAGUACGCCUGCCCGCUCUGCCCGGCGGUGUACACGCGCAGCGACACUCUCCUCACGCACACGCGUAUGAAGCACGCGCACGCGCACGCGCAAUAGUAUCGCACACACGCGUCGCGAUACUUUGACCGUGCCGCGUACUUUAAGCUGCGGAUCUAGAAAACCGUUGAUCGCGCGAACAUCUUCCUCCUCUUCAUCUUCUUGGCGUGACUUCCUCGAUCUCGUCGCACGAGGCAAUCUCGCGAGCUCUCCCCGAACUUGCCCGUCGUUAUUCCAUUAGAUAAGCUGCAUUAGCGCAAACUAGUGUUUAUUAAACAGCGGAAGUGUACAAUGGAAUCUCAGAGUUUGUGAGGGGAACGAAGAUCAAAGGGCUGAUUAACGCAACGAGUCUGUCCGAGAUCCUGGUAAUGGAUUUUAGCGUCGGAAGAUCUAAGAAGCUAGCUGGUCCACGUAUUCGAGGAUGCGUCAGGAACUUUCGAAGAACGUUUGAAGAGCGUUCGCGAUGCAACACUCAGAAAUCUUGUACCGUUCCUCUCCUUACGAGCGUUCGAUAUAGUCAAUGUUGCAUUUAGUACUACUUAAAGGCCACGCCAGGCGUCUCGAGUAAUUGCGAGAACCGUGUAAUUCCACCGUGUAAAUAUUAGUCUUCACCUCUUUCCGCCUUGCCGUCUCCAUCUUUACUCCUCCCUGUCCC